AUGGUGAGUGGAGUGAGGAUGUUGUGUCCUGCUUGGCUCUUGGCUCUGGCUGUUCUGUGUGCGGGUGGAUCUGAAGUCAGAGCUCAGUGUUGGGAGAACGCCCGCUGCAGAGACCUCACCACUGACGAGAACAUCUUGGACUGCAUACAGCUAUGCAGGUCUGAUCUGACAGAUGAAACCCCCGUCUACCCUGGAGAAAGCCAUUUGCAGCCUCCCUCCGAGCUGGAGCAAACCGAGGUCCUCGCACCCCUGUCCCCAGCAGCCCUCGCUCCUGAUGAGCAAAUGGACCCCGAGUCCAGCCCUCGGCACGAGCACAAGCGCUCCUACUCCAUGGAGCAUUUCCGCUGGGGAAAGCCAGUGGGUCGCAAGCGCAGGCCUAUCAAGGUGUACACAAACGGCAUGGAGGAGGAAUCCGCCGAGACUCUCCCAGCUGAGAUGAGGCGCGAGCUGGCUACCAACGAGGUCGACUAUCCUCAAGAGGAGGGCGCUUUAGACCAGCAGGAUAAGAAGGAUGGCUCCUACAAAAUGAAACAUUUCCGCUGGAGCAGCCCGACUGCUAGUAAGCGCUAUGGAGGCUUCAUGAAGUCCUGGGACGAGCGCAGUCAGAAACCCCUUCUCACGCUCUUCAAAAACGUCAUAAACAAAGAGUACCAGAAGAAGGGCCAGUGAGGGGGUUUUAAUGGGAGGAGUGGAUAGGGGAUUGUUUUUAAUAUACUUUCUUCCCAGCAAACUUAUCAUGCAUAGUAAACAAAAAGAGGGUGGGUGG